AUGAUUUUCGAUAAACAUGCCUCUAUUGUGAGCGCUUACAAGAAUCCUACUAAUGGUUGGCACAAUCCUCCUUCUGUCCAUGUCUACUGCAUAAGACACAUUGCUCAGAAUUUUAUACGGGAAAUCAAAGACAGAAAUCUCCUUAAAAAAGUUGUGAAUGUUGGGAAUUCCUUAAACCAACCAUCGUUCAUGUAUUACCGCGAAGAAAUAAGAUUGCCAAACACAGAAACAUUAAGCUGGGUGGAUAGCAUUCCUGUCGAGAAAUGGACAAAGGCUUUUGAUGGAGGAUGCCGAUGGGGUCACAUGACCACAAACCUUGUGGAAUCCCUAAACGACAUAUUUAAGGGAACUAGAAACCUCCAUAUCACCGCGUUGGUAAGAGCAACCUAUUAUAGAUUGGGGUCACUUUUUGCGGCAAGAGGAAAAAAAUGGAGCGUUGUUUUGGAAUCAGGGCAAUUAUUCAGCGAAACAUGUAUGAAAUAUAUGAAGGAUGAAACUGUUAAGGCGGUCUCACAUCGAGUUAGCGCAUUUGAUCAUCAUUAUUACAAUUUCAUUAUUGAUGAAACAAAGGAUCACAAUGAGGGUCAGUCAAUGGGACACUACAAGGUGGAAAUUCAUAAAAUUUGGUGCGAAUGUGGAAAGUUUCAAACCUUCUGCAUGCCUUGUUCACAUGUCAUUGCCGCAUGUUCCAAUGUUCGUCAGGAUCUAUUCUUGCAACUAUCAAAAGUUUACAAGGUCAUGAACUUACUCGGUAUCUACAAUAAUAGUUUUCUAGUGGUAGCUAGUGAGGACUAUUGGCCAACCUAUCAUGGGGACACAAUUUACCACAACGAAAAUACGAGAAGAAACAAAAAAGGUCGCCCCAAAAGCAAGCGAAUUAGAACUGAAAUGGAUAUAAAUGAGAAAAUAGAAAGAUUGUGUGGAAUAUGUUGUCUUCCCGGGCAUACGAGGAAACAUUGUCCAAAUGUUGGAACAAGUUCUAGAUAG